UUAACGAUUUUCCGCAUCCUCCCCAGUUAUCGGAUUCGACGCUGCGUACUCAGGAAUGCAAAAGAAUGACUCGUAAAGCUCGUACAGAAAUCAUUUCGAAAAUAUGAGUGAUUUCGAGUCAAUACACCGCCUCGAGGGCAUCGAGGACGAGGUAGGGGGACUUAUAAAGAAAAAGUCAACCCACGAAUUCAAGGCCCCCGUCCAGCGACGUUCCAUCCUCGGGCUCGACGUUCUCGCAGCCGCCAAGAGGAAACAAAAGAGUGAAGAAGAGGACACCAAAAAGGCCCGAAAAGAUGGCGAGUCCGAAAAGAGAGACCGCGGCUCGGAUUCGGGAGACUCGUCACUGUCGAGCAGCAGGCAGUACCGAAGGCCCCGGAUAGAAACUCCGACUCACACCGGCGGCGUGAACAGCACCUUCGCCGACCGGAUUCGCGACCAGAAGGACAGUCAAAGCCGCGGAGUCUACGCCAGUUCUAAAGACAACAAGAAAGACUACCGCUCUUCGGGCAGUAGGGAGAGAACCAGGCGCGACGACCGCGAAGACAGCCGCCACGACGAUCGGCACGAGUCGAGUCGCUCUCACCGUUCCCGCAGAGACUGGGACGAGACGCCACCGCGUCCGUCGCGUCCGCAGACACCCAACAUCCGGCCGAAAGACACACCGUCCGGCUCGAACUGGGACGAGGACGAAGACACCCCGUCGCGGCGGUCUUCCUGGGACGUGCCGACGCCUUCGCCGCGCGAAGGCUCCGACAGGCGGGGAACGGACAAGAAGUACCGUAGGCCUACUGACACUCCGCGAGCGACGCCGGCCCACAAGUAUAACGCGUGGGCAGCUGACAGGCGCAAGACGUACGCCACUCCCGGCAGCGAGCGCUCCAAGGACGACAAGAUCCCCUGGGCCGACGACAGGGACCAGAAACAGGAAUGGGAGGUGGAGCAGCAGAGGUUGGACCGGGAGUGGUACAGCCUGGACGAGGGCUACGACGACGUCCACAACCCUUUCGCCAGCGUUCCACAGGAGUACACAAAGAGGAAGGAGGAGGCCCUGGAGCAGAAGAAGAUCAAGAAGGUGUCGGCGCAGCAGCGGCAGAUCAACAAGGACAACGAGAAGUGGGAGACGAAUCGGAUGCUAACGAGCGGAGUCGUGCUGAAGGUGGACGUCGACGAAGACUUCGAGGAGGACAACGAGGCUAGGGUGCACGUGCUUGUGCACAACAUCGUCCCCCCGUUCCUAGAUGGCCGGAUCGUGUUCACGAAGCAACCGGAACCCGUGAUGCCCGUGAAAGACGCGACGUCUGACAUGGCCAUCGUGUCGCGAAAAGGGAGUGCCGUCGUCCGCUACCACAGGGAGCAGAAGGAGAGGAAGAAGGCUCAGAAGAAAGAGUGGGAGCUUGCGGGAACCAAGUUGGGAGACAUCUUGGGUGUGGAGAAAAAGGAAGACCAGAAGGAUGACAACGAGGAUACCGACUACAAGACUGAGCAGCGUUUUGCAGAUCACAUGAAAGACACCGGAAGUGAGGGAACCAGCGAGUUUUCCAGAAUGAAAACGCUGCUGCAACAGCGACAGUACCUGCCAGUCUUCGCAGCGAGACAGGAGCUUCUCAGAAUUAUACGGGAAAAUAACAUCGUCAUCAUAGUUGGUGAAACUGGCUCGGGAAAGACAACACAACUCACUCAGUACUUGCACGAAGAUGGGUACAGCAAGUAUGGAAUGAUUGGCUGCACUCAACCAAGAAGAGUAGCAGCCAUGUCGGUGGCAAAACGUGUUUCGGAUGAGAUGGCAUGUAGGCUUGGAGAAGAGGUCGGGUAUGCCAUUCGAUUUGAGGACUGCACCUGCGAAAAAACCAUCAUCAAGUAUAUGACAGAUGGUAUCUUGCUCAGGGAGUCUUUGAGGGAACCAGACCUGGAUCAGUACAGUGCUGUCAUCAUGGACGAAGCUCAUGAACGGUCUCUGAACACAGAGGUUCUGUUUGGGCUACUGCGUGAAGUAGUGGCUCGACGACAGGACCUGAAGCUUAUCGUCACGUCCGCCACAAUGGAUGCAACAAAAUUUGCUUCCUUUUUCGGAAAUGUCCCUGUGUUCACUAUCCCAGGGAGAACUUUUCCUGUGGAACUAUUCUUUAGCAAGAACCCAGUAGAAGACUAUGUCGAUGCUGCUGUUAAGCAAACCCUUCAGAUUCAUCUACAACCAGCCAUUGGAGACAUCCUUGUAUUCAUGCCAGGCCAAGAAGACAUUGAGGUGACAUGCGAGCUCAUUGCCGAAAGGCUCGGGGAAAUUGACAACGCUCCACAGCUGGCCAUUCUGCCAAUUUAUUCCCAACUGCCGAGCGACCUUCAGGCCAAAAUUUUUCAGAAAGCCCCCGAUGGCAUUCGUAAGUGUGUUGUGGCUACGAAUAUCGCUGAAACAUCUCUCACAGUGGAUGGUAUCAGCUUCGUUGUCGACAGCGGCUACUGUAAACUCAAGGUAUACAACCCUCGGAUUGGUAUGGAUGCUCUGCAGAUCUACCCCGUGAGCCAGGCAAAUGCCAACCAGCGUUCUGGCAGGGCUGGUAGAACAGGUCCGGGAAACUGCUUUAGGCUUUACACGGAUCACCAGUACAAGAAUGAGCUGCUGAAGACAACGGUACCAGAGAUCCAGAGGACGAACCUUGCCAAUGUGGUUCUUCUGUUGAAAUCGCUGGGAGUGCAGGACUUGCUACAGUUCCACUUCAUGGACCCUCCUCCCCAAGAUAACAUCCUCAACUCAAUGUACCAACUUUGGAUCCUCGGUGCUCUUGACAAUGUGGGCAACCUCACCCCCCUGGGACGUCACAUGGUGGAGUUUCCCUUGGACCCCGCCCUCUCCAAGAUGACGAUUGUCUCCUGUGACAUGGGUUGCAGUGAAGAGAUCCUCACCAUAGUGUCCAUGUUGUCGGUUCCUAGCAUCUUCUACAGGCCCAAGGGCCGCGAGGAAGACAGUGACGCUGCUCGCGAAAAGUUUCAAGUUCCAGAAAGCGACCACCUCACUUACCUGAAUGUCUACCUCCAGUGGAAGAUCAACCACUACUCCUCGGCUUGGUGCAACGAACAUUUCAUUCACGUCAAGUCCAUGCGCAAGGUGCGCGAGGUUCGUCAACAGCUCAAGGACAUCAUGGGGCAGCAGAAGAUGAAGCUGGUCUCGUGCGGCACCGAGUGGGACGUGGUGCGUAAGUGCAUCUGCUCCUCAUUCUUUCUGCAGGCAGCCAGGCUCAAGGGCAUCGGUGAAUACAUCAACUGCCGCACUGGCAUGCCCUGCCACCUCCACCCGACCAGUGCCCUCUUCGGCAUGGGCUACACUCCAGACUAUGUAGUGUACCAUGAGCUGGUCAUGACCACCAAGGAGUACAUGCAAUGUGUGACGGCCGUCGAUGGCCACUGGCUAGCCGAGCUUGGGCCCAUGUUCUACAGUGUCCGGGAGUCUGGCCGGUCCAGACAUAGGGUGCAGAGGGACCACCAGUCGCAGAUGGAGCAGGAGAUGGCGCUGGCCGAGCAGCAGUUCAGGCGCCGCAAGGAAGAGCACAUUGAAAAGGAGGCAGCCGCCUCGGUGCGUUCCACUCGGAUCCUGACCCCAGGCCUUCAACAGGAUGGUGUGCCCAUGAGUCCUAGGAGGACUCCUGCCAGAUUUGGCCUUUAAGAUGUCCUUCUCUACCUCCUUCACUUGUACAUACAAGGGAUAUAAUGCACAGCAUCUCAUGAACAUUGACUUUAGAUCAGAACAGUUGAGUCUUGUGUGGUUGGGCCUACCUACUCUUAUCAGGUGCAUGGUGUUAAGUGCAUAUAAUUUUGUAGUAGACGUGGUCGAGUGGAAAAGGCUUGAUCCUUCUAUGUUUUUGAAGAACAGUACUUCCAUUAAAUGCUAAAAAUCUCAG